CGGUAAGUUAUUAAAGCUGAGACAGAUAGACCACGUUUCCAUCCCAACAAACUGCCACAGAUUAUUAAUUUGGUGGCCCAGCUAAGAUCACCCCAGAUUUGCCACUACUGAGUUUUACCUGCUCACUAAGUUCAUUACUCAGUAUUGUUUUAUUUAUUUGCCUCUUUACCCACCUUCUUAUCACAGAAGGUUAUGGAUGAUAAAUUCAGAAGGCUGCCUGACUGCACUAUAAACAGAUUGGAGUUGGAGAAUGGGAUCAUUUUUUCCACCCUUCAACAUGACCUUGGUACUAAUACCCCUGCUUUGGACUCUGAUCCCGAGCUGGACUACAUCAGCCAGAUUCUACUGGAGGAGGAUAGCAUUGGUUGGGACAACAAUGAUAACAUGUUCUUUGAUCCCAUUACUCUUAGUGCUGCUGAGAGUUCCUUCUAUGAAGCCUUGACUGGUAAUACUUCCUCACCUUUUCACAGUAAUUCUGGAAGCUCAGAUAUCACAUUUGGGAGCUCCAGUGAUGAUGUUGAUCACAUUGAAUCUAAACCAGUUGUAUCUAAAUCAUCUGUUGCGUGUGAUCCCCCUGAACUCGCCACCCGGUCUUCAUCAAGCCAGACUAGCAGCUUUGAUGAGCUAAAUGGUUCUUUGUGUAGCCUUGAUAGUCUUGAUUCGGUUCCCGAUAUAUUUUGUGAUGAACAUACUGAGUCCAUCUUAAAAUUACCUAGAGGUGUGAGGGAAGCUGGUAAAUGCCCAUUGCCUCCAGAGGCUAGAGGUGCCAUUGUCAAUAUAGAGAAGGACCGAUCAGAUGAGUCGUGUAGAGGAAAGAAGCAUCACCAUCCAGAUGAAAGUGGGCUGGAAGAUGAAAGAAAAAGCAAGCACUCUGCAGUGUAUGAGGAGAUUGAGUUAUCUGAGGUUUUUGAUAAAGUUUUACUGUGUAGUGAUGAUAAUGAAGCUUCAUCUAAAUCAUCUAGAGUUGGACGCACACAACACAAAGGGCAAAGUGCCCGCAAGAGUCAUUCAAAGAAAAGAGGAGAUAGUUGUGAAAUUCUGGACCUGGAGUCUCUUUUAAUCAGUUGUGCAGAAUCGGUUUCUUCUGCUAGUUAUAGGGCUGCAGAAGAUGAACUAAAGAAGAUCAGGAAGCACUCUUCGCCUAAUGGCGAUGCAAACCAGAGGCUGGCAAACUUAUUCGCUGACAGUCUUGAGGCACGGUUGGCUGGAACUGGCAUGCAGCUGAAUGCAGCCUUUUCUCCUAAUAACACCACAGUAUCCGAGUUCCAAAAAUUCUACUUGUCAUCUUUGCCAUUUAUGAGAGUUUCACUUUUCUUUGCGAAUAACAUGAUUUGUGAAGUAGCAUCAAAAUGUGCAUCACUGCACAUUAUAGAUUUUGGUAUUUUAUAUGGUGUCCAGUGGCCCACUCUUAUUCGUGAUCUUUCACAAAGAUUUGGUGGCCCUCCAAAACUUCGAAUUACAGGGGUUGAGCUUCCCCAACCUGGUUUUCGUCCAUCACAAAUGGUAGAAGAGACUGGUUUUCGUCUGGCAAAAUAUUGUGAGCGUUUUGGUUUACCGUUUGAAUACAAUUCCAUAACAGCAAAGAAUUGGGAGACACUUAAAACUGAUGACUUCAAGCUUGUGAAUGAUGAGGUGGUUGCUGUUAAUUGCUCUGGCCGAUUUGAUGACCUAUUGGAUGAAACAGCAGUUGUUGGGGACAACCCUAAGGAUGCUCUUUUAAACUUAAUCCGGGAAAUAAAUCCUCAUAUAUUUGUGCCGUCUCAGCGUAGUGGAGCUCUCAGCUCUCCUUUCUUUCCCACUCGGUUCCGGGAGGCUCUCUUGUACUACUCUACUGCAUUUGAUAUGUAUGAUGCUGCUUUACCAAGUCAUGGUCAUGAGAGGUCGAUUAUGGAAAAAGAAAUUAUGGGACGCGAUAUAAUGAAUAUCAUUGCAUGUGAGGGCAUGGAACGGCAUUUGAGGCCUGAAACAUACAGGCAGUGGCACUCCCGCAUUCUGAGGGCUGGCUUCAGCCCUGUACCCAUAAACUCUAAAGUUAUGAAGAAGACUAAGAAGUACAUAAGGAAGGCGAGGGUAGAAUACCAUAAAGACUUCCUUUAUAUGGAAGAUGGCCACUGGAUCCUACAGGGUUGGAAAGGUCGGAUUUUGACCUGCAUUUCUUGUUGGACAAGUGCACAACAGAUUCAAAGCCUGUAAUUGUAAAUGCAGUAACUACUGCAAGACAAUCUUUCAGCAUUUUGGGAACUUUACAGACUUGCAGUAACCUUUCUAGCAACAUUGUGAUUCCCAUUUCACGGCUUCCUGCAUUUCUGUGUCUUUAUAACAUGGCACGAUAGUUAUUUCAAAGAAUUUAAAGCCUUAAGUUCUGCCAAGAAAAGCUGUUUAGAGAACUUCAGUCAAGCGCGUUUUCUAGCUUUUCUUUUGUCCUUAAGAAAAACAAAGUAGAUUAGAUCAUAUCAAGGUGUUUGCCUAGCUUCAGUCAUUCCUCUUUCGAAAAGAAUAAUGUUUGCAGUAAUAUAUUAUUGGUGAUAUUAUUUAUGAUGGCUCAAAUCUAAGAUGAAACUUUGCUGCUGCUUCUUGAUGCGAAUGAUUUGUUUGUCAUAAUUUCUCCCGCUUUUUGUCUGGUUUAGUAAAUACGGCAUUGGAGAUAUUAUGCAUCUAUGAUUCCCCCCGUUUUAUACUUCAGACUUAUACAAACUUUAAUGAAUUAAUAUGCCGAAAGCAAUGGUUUGAUAGUCAUACAGAACUAGUCAUUCACUUAUAAAACUAGAAGUUUUUUUUUUGGCAAAAAACUGAACAUUUCAAAAAAAAACAAACUCACUCCUUGUGAUAAAGACUAAAAUUUUUUCCCUUUCCACGGCCUGGUUUAAAAAAACUACUUCAACAGGAAAUACAUACACAUCAACCUUACUUCGUAUCUAGCAGGAGGUCCAACACAAAAAGAAAGGAAAUGAGGCCUAAAUUAUUACCGCCCACGACCUCACCACCUGUUGUAUAAGAGCUACUACAUACUGCUGGCUACACCUUUAUCCAGUACAGAUGAGUUGCUAAACUACUGCUAAUAUAUCGAUCACAUCAUCUUGAGCUCAUCAUUUUUCGGUUUGUGAUCGAAGGGUUCCAAACAUCCAAUCCGUCCAUAUCGUGUAGUGGCCGUAAUUUUGCCGAUAAGUGGUGUGAUGAAUUGAGUGAUAGCUGAUAGGCAGCACCCAUAAAUUAUACUAGUACUCCGUAAAAAACAGCUUCCAUAUAUCAUACGAUUCCUCAAAUGAGGGAGGGAGGGAGGGGAGGAGGCUGUUCGGCUCUGUACUUCUUCUUCUGUCAUCCUCAAUUAGCCUCCUAGGGAUUUUACCGUUAAAUUAG